CAGACGAUGCACCACCUUAGCCCAGCGCGAAUGGCGUGGCAGGCACGGCCCUUCUUAUACUGCGACCGCCGUACCUGUAUUCUCGACUCGAGACCUGGCGUUCUUUUCCAUCCUUGUUGCGAGAGUCGAGACUCGAAUGUCUCAUUUCCUGCACACUUCUCAUUUCGAGAGUAUCUACUACUAGUAGUAAUUCAAAGCGAUUUUUUCCGCUGCCCAUACAGACCUGUCCGUCGUUACUUCUGAGCUUCUAAUUCACGGCGGAUUUUCCACUGCUCAUACAGACCUGUCCGUCGUUGCGGAACCACCACUUUGCCGGACUCCUCUGCUUCCUCGUGUGUAGCUCGAAACCAUGGCUGCUGAAGCAGCGAACGCCAGCGCUGAAGUCAAUGAUGCUACGGGUGGUAGUAACGGCGUGGAGCACCGGGAGGAGUGGGUCACCAACUCGCGCGGAAUGAAACUAAUGUCCGCGUCGUGGGUGCCGGCCAACCGACCGCUGAAAGCACUCGUCCUUCUCCUACACGGAUAUGGCUUCGACUGCACCACCUACUUCCAAGCCACAGCAGAGCGCCUGGCGUCAGAGGGAUAUGGCGUGUACGGCAUCGACUUUGAGGGGCACGGCAGGUCCGAGGGUCUCAGCGUGUUCAUCCCUGAUUUCAACACACUCGUGGAUGACAGCCUGGCGUACUUUGCUCCUAUCAGGGAGCGACCAGAGCACCAGAGCAUACCCAAGUUCCUGUGUGGGGAGUCCAUGGGUGGCGCAGUGGCUCUGUGCAUCCAUCGCAAGCAGCCUGACCAAUGGGAUGGCGCCAUUUUCAUGGCUCCCAUGUGCAAGAUUUCAGCCAAGGUGCGGCCUCCAGCCAUCCUAGUGCGGCUGGUGCAGGGCCUGGCGUAUGUGCUGCCCACAUGGCAGAUAGUUCCGUCUGCUGAUAUUGUCACCUCCUCCAUUCGCGAUCCAGAGAAGCUUAAGAAGAUAGCAGCAAGCCCCUACACCUACCGUGCUCGACCGCGCAUGCGAACAGCUCUCACCAUGCUGCAUGCCAGCCAAGACGCAGAGCGCACCCUGGACCAGGUCUCCCUGCCCUUCCUGCUGCUGCAUGGGGAUGCUGACAUCGUCACAGAGCUGGAGGGCAGUCAGGCUUUGUAUGACAAGGCGAGGAGUGAGGACAAGACAUUUAAAGUUUACAAGGACGCGUGGCACCUGCUCACCGAGGGAGAGCCGGAGGAGACUGCUGAGGAGGUGCUGAGGGAUAUGAUUGGCUGGCUGGACGAGAGGAGUCAACGCAAGUCAACAAGUGAACAAGCCAAAGCGUAGAGGGUAGGUAGGUUCAGUGCAUGAUGUGUCGUGGACUCCCUCCCUGCCCUUCCUGCUGCUGCAUGGGGAUGCUGACAUCGUCACUGAGGAAGAGGAGGAGUCAGGCUUUGUACGACAAGGCGAGGAGUGAGGACAAGGCGUUGAGGUUUUACAAGGAUGCAUGGCACUUCCUCACCGAGGGAGAGCCGGAGGAGACUGCUGAGGUUGUGUUGAAGGAUAUGAUUCGCUGGCUGGACGAGAGGAGUCAACGCAAGUUAAGUGAGUCAACAAGCCAAGGCGUAGAGGCAUAGAGGAGCCUGUUGAGGAGGUGCUGAGGAGGGGUAUGACUGGCUGGCUGAAAAAGGAAGUCAACGCAAGUCAAUGAACAGGGUGCGCCUCUGUUACAAAAAGGCGGAUUGAUUGUCUGCCACUGUUGUGGAGUAAGUUUGCAAACAAACAAAAUUGUGCCUUAUUAGUUAUGUUGGAAAUAUCUCAAAAGACUUAAGCGUUUCUGAAGUGUAACACUACACUCGAGGAAGAUCGCAACGGGUACGCGAGUGAACGGAGGUUACACGAGGGGGCGGACAAAGAACGCGAAGGGACUCGAAGGGUCGCAACUGGAGGUUGCGACUGACCGUUACAACAACGGGGAUGGUAACCGAAACAACAAUCGAGUCGCUGUGCGACUCGAUA